UCUCGCCCAUCUCUUCCUCGGGAACUUCUCUCUCUCUCUCUCCCUCCCUCCAGUAUCUCCAUUUUUUUUUCUUCUCUUUUUCUUCUUCUCUUUUUCUUCUUCUCCUUGGGAUAAAGGUUGUCUCUUGCUCGGUUACAUCUAACAAUGUUGCCGAGCAUAAGAGACCUUCAGCUGACCCAGGUCGCCGGAUCUCGGAAAUCACGUCCGGCCAUCGUGGCCGAAGCAGAAGGUGGCGACCUCGAGGGCAUUAGGCUCCUUGACUCCUAUGAAAGCCCGGAUGAUUUACAUAGAAUUAUGAUUGAUGGAGAAGGAGAAUCAGAAGGAGAAGAAGGAAUGAAGAGGAUUCAGGUCAGAAUUACGGGGAUGACCUGUGCUGCUUGCUCAAAUUCCGUGGAAUCAGCUCUCAAGAGCGUCAGUGGGGUUUUGAGAGCCUCUGUUGCCUUGCUUCAAAACAAGGCGGAUGUCGUGUUUGAUCCUGCUUUGGUUAAGGAUGAUGACAUUAAGAACGCAAUCGAGGAUGCUGGCUUUGAAGCAGAGAUUCUAGCUGAACCCAGUACAACCAAAACAAAGCCAAGUGGAACUCUUUUGGGGCAGUUUACAAUUGGGGGUAUGACCUGUGCGGCCUGUGUGAACUCAGUUGAAGGUAUUUUAAGAAAUCUUCCUGGUGUGAAAAGGGCAGUAGUGGCCUUGGCUACUUCUUUAGGGGAAGUUGAGUAUGAUCCUACUGUGAUUAGUAAAGAUGAUAUAGUGAAUGCAAUUGAAGAUGCUGGUUUUGAAGGUGCACUUGUACAGAGUAAUCAGCAGGACAAAAUCUCAUUAGGAGUUUCUGGGAUUUUCACUGAGAUGGAUGUGCAGCUUUUAGAAGGAGUACUUAGCACCUUAAAAGGGGUAAGGCAAUUUCGUUACAACAGGAUGUCCAGUGAACUAGAAGUUCACUAUGAUCCUGAAGUUGUUGGUUCUAGAUCAUUAGUUGAUGGGAUUGAAGGAGGAAGCGGUAUGAAGUUUAAAUUACAUGUUAUGAACCCCUAUGCAAGGAUGGCUUCUAAAGAUGUUGAAGAAACCUCCACUAUGUUUCGGCUGUUCAUUUCCAGCCUGUUUCUCAGUAUUCCUGUUUUUUUCAUACGAGUUAUAUGCCCUCACAUCCCGCUUUUAUAUUCUUUGAUUCUCUGGAGAUGUGGACCCUUCCUUAUGGGUGAUUGGUUAAAAUGGGCAUUAGUGAGCGUGGUUCAAUUUGUAAUUGGGAAGCGCUUUUAUGUAGCAGCUGGUAGAGCCCUUAAAAAUGGUUCAACAAACAUGGAUGUUUUAGUUGCACUAGGGACUUCAGCCUCAUACUUCUACUCGGUUUGUGCACUGCUAUAUGGUGCAGCAACUGGAUUCUGGUCUCCAACAUACUUUGAAACAAGUUCUAUGCUGAUAACAUUUGUACUAUUGGGGAAGUAUUUAGAGUCUCUUGCGAAGGGAAAAACAUCAGAUGCCAUAAAGAAGUUAGUAGAACUUGCACCGGCAACGGCGCUGCUGGUUGUCAAAGACAAAGGUGGAAGGUGCAUUACAGAAAGGGAAAUAGAUGCCUUACUAAUUCAGCCUGGUGAUGUAUUAAAAGUUCUUCCUGGUACCAAAGUUCCUGCAGAUGGUGUGGUUGUAUGGGGUUCAAGUUAUGUUAAUGAAAGUAUGGUAACUGGUGAAUCGGCACCUGUUUUGAAGGAGGCUAAUUCAUUGGUUAUUGGAGGUACAAUAAAUUUGCAUGGUGCUCUUCAAAUACAAGCUACCAAAGUAGGAUCUGAUGCAGUUUUGAACCAGAUCAUUAGUUUAGUUGAGACCGCCCAAAUGUCCAAAGCUCCAAUUCAAAAAUUUGCAGAUUUUGUGGCAAGCAUUUUUGUUCCUAUAGUUGUUGCUAUGUCUUUGUUGACAUUUCUGGGUUGGUAUGUUGGUGGAACUAUAGGUGCUUAUCCUGAUGUUUGGCUACCAGAAAAUGGCAAUUACUUUGUUUUUGCCCUUAUGUUUUCAAUUUCAGUGGUGGUAAUUGCUUGUCCAUGUGCUCUUGGCUUGGCAACACCAACUGCUGUCAUGGUUGCAACUGGGGUUGGGGCUAACAAUGGUGUGCUGAUAAAAGGAGGAGAUGCUUUGGAAAGGGCUCAGAAGAUCAAGUAUGUCAUAUUUGACAAAACAGGCACUCUGACCCAGGGGAAAGCCACUGUUACCACAGCAAAGGUUUUCAAUGGAAUGAAUCGCGGAGAAUUCCUCAGAUGGGUGGCAUCUGCGGAGACUAGCAGUGAGCAUCCAUUGGCAAAAGCAAUAGUGGAAUAUGCACGGCAUUUCCAUUUCUUCGAUGAACCUUCUGCAACCGAAGAUGGCAAAAACAACAGCAAAGAGUCUGUUACCUCUGGAUGGCUUCUUGAUGUCUCAGAAUUCACUGCUCUUCCAGGAAGAGGUGUCAAGUGCUUUAUUGAUGGAAAGCAAGUCUUGGUUGGCAAUCGGAGACUGAUGACUGAAAAUGAAAUCACCAUUCCGACACAUGUAGAAAAUUUUGUAGUUGAACUUGAAGACAGUGCAAGGACAGGCAUACUUGUUGCAUUUGAUGACAGCUUGAUUGGUGUCUUGGGGGUUGCAGACCCAUUAAAGAGGGAAGCUGCUGUAGUCAUAGAGGGUCUUCAAAAAAUGGGUGUCAAACCAGUCAUGGUAACAGGAGAUAAUUGGAGAACAGCUCGUGCUGUUGCCCAAGAGGUGGGCAUUCAAGAUGUGAGGGCUGAAGUAUUGCCAGCGGGUAAAGCCGAAGUCAUCGGCUUGUUUCAGAAGGACGGAAGUGUAGUUGCAAUGGUGGGUGAUGGUAUCAAUGACUCUCCUGCUUUGGCUGCUGCUGAUGUUGGGAUGGCAAUUGGGGCCGGAACAGACAUAGCUAUAGAAGCUGCAGACUAUGUCUUGAUGAGGAAUAACUUGGAAGAUGUAAUCACAGCCAUUGAUCUCUCGCGGAAAACACUCUCUCGCAUCCGAUGGAAUUACAUUUUUGCUAUGGCAUACAAUGUCGUAGCAAUACCAGUUGCUGCUGGAGUUUUCUAUCCUUCACUAGGGAUCCAGUUGCCACCUUGGGUAGCUGGUGCUUGCAUGGCUCUCUCAUCUGUGAGUGUCGUAUGUUCAUCUUUGCUUCUCAGAAGAUACAGAAAACCCAGACUUACCACGAUAUUAGAAAUAACUGUAGAGUAGAAAGAACCACGAAAAAAAAUAAAAGGCAAGGAAAUAACAACACGACAUUUAAAGUGGGAUAGAGCGAGUGGGGGGAACCUUGAAUUUCAAAAAAUUUGUAUAUUUUUGUUUCUUUUACGGCUUAUAUUGCCCUGGAAUGGUGUGUAAUAUUACCAUUCCAUUCAUUGCAAGUUGGCAGCUGUUGUAUAACUAUUCUUAAAGGUGUGCUUCAUUUUAUUUUCUAUUAAAUGAAAAGGAUUUUGUGUUUUCUCCA